CACUCAGUCGUGUUUUCACCUGCGGGCAACCUCAUUCCUCCUCUGGAUCGUUGGUCUACUAAACAUGGCGUCUUCUAGCGGUGAAACAGGGCAACUAACGGAUAUACUAUACAGUGUAGACCAGGUUCCCCCCUGGUAUCUCUGUGUGUUGUUGGCCUUUCAGCAAUUCCUGACAGCGUUCGGGGCUACCUUCGCCUUCCCCCUCAUCAUCAGCAGCGCCAUAUGUCUGGACGGGGACUUGGUGGGGACGGGGGAGCUCAUCAGCACCAUCAUCUUCGUCUCUGGGAUGUCCACAGUUCUACAGAGCACGCUUGGAGUAAGGCUGCCAAUCAUUCAGAGUGUCAGCUAUUCCUUCAUAGUGCCAAUUUUUGUGGUCAUGAACCUAGAGAAAGAACGCUGCCCGUACAAUUUCAAAGACGAAUGACUAUUUUUCUGGUGGUAUUGUUCUCUCAGUACCUUCGAAAUGUCUCCAUCCCCUGCCCCUGCCUAAGAGAAGGGAAGCUUGCUGUCUUCGCUCUCUUCCCUGUGCUGAUGGCAGUGAUUGUGUCGUGGGUGGUCUGCGUUAUUCUCACGGAAACAAACGUGCUCACUGAUGACCCCAAGAAAUGGGGUUACGGAGCUCGCACAGAUACCAAGAUCAAAGUACUGGAGGAAUCCGAAUGGUUCCGCUUUCCGUACCCAGGUCAAUGGGGCAAGCCCUCUGUGACUGUGGCGGCACUGUUGGGAAUGAUCGCCGCCAUUGUCGCCUCUAUCAUAGAGUCCGUGGGAGAUUACUACGCAUGCGCAAGAUUGUCCGGGGCGACACCCCCUCCAAGCAGUGCUGUAAAUAGAGGUAUCGGCAUGGAAGGCAUUACGUGUCUGCUGGCCGGGGCUUGGGGCACAGGGGCGGGCAACACGUCCUACAGCGAGAACAUCGGCGCCAUCGGCAUCACGAAGGUGGGCAGUCGAAUCGUCGUACAGCUGGCUGGCGUCAUCAUGAUCCUCCUGGGCUGUCUGGGCAAGUUUGGCGCUCUUUUUGUCACCAUCCCGGAUCCUGUUGUCGGGGGGCUCUUCUACGUCAUGUUUGGCAUGGUUGCAGCGGUGGGCAUUUCUAACCUCCAGUUUGUGAAUCUCAACUCAUCAAGGAACCUUUUCGUUUUCGGCGUGCCCCUUUUCAUUGGACUCAGCAUGCCAAACUGGGUCGCGAAUGCCGAUAAUCCUAUCGACACAGGCACUCGUGAAGAGAGGGGGCUCAAGACUUGGGACGCAGCUAAGGACAACGGAGACAGUUUAAGUUCCACUUACGACAUGCCAUAUAUUCAGCCUUUCUUAAACAGAAUCACCUGCUUAAGAUAUAUCCCAUUCUGUCCCGGAUUUGUUUUAGACAAGCCAAAGCAGCGAAUAGAGGACAUUGAGUUCACAUCUUUCGACACGCCCAAACCAACAGCAGACUACCAAAAACCCGAGAGCAAUGAGAAGGAGCAAAAUCACUAGAACAGAAAUAGACCUCAGCAAACACAUUUUUAUUCCAUUUUAUUUCACCCCUCUUAGAUGAAGACCGUAGUCCUUUGCUCUGUUCUUAAGCAUUUUGAAAGAUUGUCCCGUGCAUGGUUAACCGAGAACUGAAUUUUACUAUAAAUAUAAUAUAUGCAUGUAUCUUUUUUAUUUUACCUCCCGAUUUUUGUGGGCGGUUAUAUUUUAUUUUUUGUGGGCGGUUAUAUUCCAGUUGCUUAUUUCCGUUUGGGUUUUCCAAGAAAACACAAACUAGAAGGCAAUGUGUGUAAAGAUAUUUAGCUUGUAUUUAUACCUGUAGUUGGCAGCUAAUAAAUGCAGUAGCGGGUUUUUCCUGAAGUACAU